CACAGAAACAUGCGAUCAGAGAAGAAACCAUGGUCGCCACUCCUCUGUGACGAACUCAACGAGGAAAUCUUGUCUCGUCUUCCCGUGAAACCUUUGAUACAAUUCAAGUGUGUGUGCAAGGGAUGGAACUCCCUGAUGUCAGAUCCCUAUUUCAUCAAAUUGCACCUUAGCAAAUCUGCUGCGAAGGACGAUUUGGAACACCUUCAACUGAUGAAAAAUGUCUGCCUCGGAUCCAUCCCUGAAAUCCACAUGGAAUCGUGUGAUGUAAGUUCGUUAUUCCAUUCCCUACAAAUUGAAACGUUCUUGUUCAAUUUCGCAAACAUGCCAGGUUACCAUCUGGUCAGUUCAUGUAAUGGGUUGCACUGUGGGGUUAGCGAAAUACCAGAAGGAUACCGUGUUUGUUUCUGGAACAAGGCGACAAGGGUGAUAUCCAGAGAAUCGCCAACGCUGUCUUUUUCCCCGGGCAUUGGUCGUAGAACAAUGUUUGGGUUUGGCUAUGAUCCGUCAAGUGACAAAUACAAGGUUGUAGCAAUUGCAUUGACUAUGCUCUCACUUGACGUAUCUCAAAAGACUGAGAUGAAAGUUUAUGGCGCGGGUGACAGUAGUUGGAGAAACCUUAAAGGUUUUCCUGUUCUUUGGACUUUACCUAAAGUUGGUGGAGUGUAUCUGAGUGGAACCCUUAAUUGGGUUGUUAUUAAGGGAAAAGAAACCAUUCAUUCUGAAAUCGUAAUUAUUUCUGUUGACCUGGAGAAGGAGACUUGCAGAUCACUGUUUCUUCCCGACGAUUUUUGCUUUUUUGAUACAAAUAUUGGAGUUUUUAGAGACUCGCUGUGCGUUUGGCAAGAUAGCAAGACCCAUCUUGGCUUGUGGCAGAUGAGGAAGUUUGGAGAUGACAAGUCUUGGAUUCAAUUAAUAAAUUUUAGUUAUUUACAUCUUAAUAUUCGUCCUAAUGAAGAAAAAUCGAUGAUUUUACCAUUGUGCAUGUCUAACAAUGGAGACUUCUUCAUGCUGAAAUUCACUAGAAAUGCUGAUGAUGAAUACCAAACAAUUCUAUAUAACCAGGGGGAUGGUAAGUCUCAAGUUUCUGUUGUUCCCUCAGGUAGUUUCAGAACUUUGUUGUGGCGCAACCUCAAGAUUUUUACCAAAAGUUUGGUCAUACCUUAUUGAAAUUCUACAGAUGUGAGUUCUUGAUUACCCUAUU